AUGAAUAGUCACUCACAGCCACUGGAAGGCGGUUUUUUAACGGGUCAAGGAAACUCCUCAAGUGGUUUCCGCAGGGAGCAAACACAAUCUAUCAGACCAGUCACUAUUAAACAGCUGAAUGAAUCUAGCGAAAGUGGCUCAGAUUCAGAAAUCAUUCUCGAUGGUGUUGCUUUGGAGAAAGUCAAAAUUGUUGCGAGAGUUAUGAGCAAGAAUGAGACUGCUACUGUCACCAAUUACCAAGUUGAAGAUAGUACUGGCACUUACGAAGUCAAAAAAUGGAAUAAUAAAGUGUCUUCCUCGCUAUCGAAUGAUAUUGAUAUGGACGACAGCAAUCAUACUGCCGACGAUGAAAAAGAGGACAAUUACUACGUUUCAAUAAUUGGUACUGUUAAGGUUUUUAACAACUCACGUUCAAUUAAUGCUACUCAUAUUCGACCAGUCACUGAUUUCAAUGAAGUCAUUUUUCACCAGUUGGAGGCGUUAAGCACUCACUUGGCACUAUCUCAAACUAAGACUGAAAAUGGUGGCGGCUCCCAAAGUUUGUUUGUUGAUGAUGGAGGCCAUAAGACUAUUCGUGAUCGCAUCAUUGAUGCAUUUAGUGGUGACUUUUCUUUAGAACUCAGCUCAAAACAACUAAUGUCAUACUUACCAGGAGUUGGUGAGUAUGAAAUUCGUGUUGCUGCUGAAUCUCUGGUUAACCAAGGUGGUCUGGCAACUGCCGACGAUGAUGUUUACAUGCUAGCCGCAAACUAA